AUGACGAAGAGUGAUGUUGAAAAUGAAGUAAAAGAGGAUAUUAGUACAAGAAAAAAACGAACCGCCCGCACCCAAAGCUCUCGCCUCUGGAGUUCUGGUAACACGAGUUAUGAGCAAUAUACCGGAGUCAAGUUCAAAUGCAAAGUAUGCCUCGCGUCGGUUCCGCAACAUCUUCUGUCGCAUAUGGAACGAUGGUGGGAGCGACAAAUGAUACUUGUUGCUCUUGUGAUGACAGGCCAUCGAACGAAAGAAGAGGCAAAGAAAGAAUAUCAAGCAUCCAUUAGAAACUAUAGAAAAGGAUUCAAAAUUCACUUGGGAAGCGGAUAUUUCUAUGUCUGUCGUGAUCAUUUGGCUCAUGCUGGCAAGUGUUGGAUGGAUAUUCUGAAGAUAAAGUCACCAGAUGAUGUGAUGAAAGCAAAGAAACCUGCAGUGAAGAUGUCGAUGGAUAUAAUGAAGUACUUCAAUGAUAGAGAGUUCAAUUUCAAAUCGGAGAAAGCUUUCCUUGAACAUUGUGAUCAGUUCAUUAGCUAUGAUUGGCAAAGAAUUUGUGAAAUCUAUCCACAUUUAAGUGAAGUACUCGAAGAAAUGGAAGAAAUGGAAGAUGUGCCGGCUUCCCUGCAAGAAAUCAAUGUCCAGGAGUAUGAAAAUGAUGAAAAUAAUGUAGUUUUAUCUCCGAAGCAUGAGAUAUCAGAAUACGAUGAUACCAUGGAGUUGUUUGAGCCUGUCAUGGAUAUGGCAAAAGAGGAACCGGAGUCUAAGCAGGAAAUCACACUUCCGGAACCACCAGUGAAUCUUAUCAAAAAAGGAAAAGUGUGCAAAAUAUGUGGGGAACGAGUGGUGAAAGGACAUGAUAUAAGUAGUGAUUGGACUCGUCGAAUUGUCAUUUAUAUGGCUUACCAGAAGGGAUAUAUUGGAAAAGAGAGAGUUUUCACUCUCUUCUAUCAGACAAACCGAAUUUUUAUCUGUCCGGAACAUUCGAGAGAAGCUGUUGAGGAGAUAUAUGAACUUUUCGGAACAAGGGAUCCGACAAACUUCAUCAAAAUGUAUUCUUCCUACAAGCAAAAUGUUGAGAGGACUUUCAAAGACAUUCGAUUUUGUUUUGGUUUGGAUCCGGCGGAAAAGAUUGAGAAAUUCAUUAAAGGAGCACGAUCGUUCGCUUCCAUUCAUAGAAUUGAUGUUGACAAACCACCAGCACCGUCUACAUCUCUAAUUCUCCGACCUCCGACUCCUAAACUUCUCCCGAAAAUCAGUGGUAACAUAGAGAUUCCAAAGCGACUUUCGGAUAUUCUCGCACUUGAAAUACCAAAAUCACCACCAACAGCAGUUGAUACACUUGUUCCGACACAUCCUGCAUCAGCUCUAUGGAUGUUGUCGACAAGAGAACCCCCAUUAGCACCUAACCGUGAAACGUCAGAACGUUCGGAAAGAAGAACACGCCCAUAUCCCAACACGUCUAGAUACGCGUCUGCAGUUGAAUUCUGUUCACCAAGCAGAGAAGGUUUGAAUCGAGCAGUGAGAAGAUUAUCCUCGAUACGAAGAGGUGUAUGUAUUCCGUCUUCAAGUCAAGAGUCCUCGUAUUCUGAUCCUCGAAUCUGCAUCUUGAAUGACGGGCCGCCUGAAGAUACGUGUCCACGUCCUAAAACGGUAAAAAGCAGAAAUCAAUGUCAGAUUUGUAAAGCGAGGAAUGUUGAGGAAGUGGUCACUCUGUCAAUUUUCACAGAAAUUGUUUGUGUUUUUGUUGUUCUGAUGAAUAGUCAACAAUGGACAGAAUCCAGAGUUAUGGAGAUGUACAGCGAAAGGGUGAAACAGAAAAGUGGAGUUAAACUCGCAAUCGGUGUCCAGCAUUACCGCGGGUACGGCAAUGAGCUUCUCAAAUAUCUCAACAUCGAUAGCGUCGAACAUAGUAAUAAUGUUGAUCAGAGUCAAUUGGAGAAUAUCCGAAAAUUCGCCGAAAAGAUUGUAAUGUCAGAACGGAAGCGUUUUUUAAAUGUGAAGCAGGAGGAUUCAGAUUCUCUUCCAGGUGCGAAGCGAUCAUUUAAUGACUACUCAAAUGAUUACUCGCCACGCUCACCAGCUCGUUCACCUUCGAAUUCUGAAUUCUCACCAUGUACUCAAUCACCGUCAUCUCCUAGCCCUCUGGAAGUUGAACCUGUUGUCAAAACUGAAAAAAUCGAGAAAAGUUCAGUAGAAGUUCCAGAGAAGUUUUUGGAGGAAGUUCGUGAAAGAGUCGAUAUGCUACAAAAAGAAACAUUUUGUACGAUUAAUGUGUCUUCAAGAAUCACUGGAUUGACUCGAACGGUCUUUUUGGAAGGGUUGCGUGAAAACAUCAUCACUACAAAGGAUAGAAUCGAGGAAAUCGUCAUGUCAUCUAUAGGUUUCGUUCAUCAAGUAGCAAGGAAACAUCUGAAAAGGGGAUAUCCUGACUACUUAACACUACGAUCACCAUCUCCAGAAUCUCCAGAGGAAAAACAGAAACCUAUCAGAAAACGGGUUUCCAUCAACAUCCCCGCUUCAAAAUUUCAGUGUUAUUUGAUAGUUGGAAAGUGUGGUGCCACUGUGAAAAAGUUGGAGAUGGACACCAGAUGCGAGAUUUCUGUUUACAAAGAAUUGGAGAACAUCGAAAUUUCUGGAUUGGAGGAAGACGUUGAAAAAGCCAAAACACUUGUCAAUGACAUAUUUGCUGCCUCUGCUGCACUUCGUAAAGCUACCGCAAAGCCACAAGGAGAGAAUGGUAGUGUGAUUCAAGAGCUGAAAAUUCCAUCUCAUUUAUCCAAUGGAUAUGGAUUUACUAUGAUGAAAAAGAAAGCGAACGAGAUCUGCUUGAAAAGUGAUGUUCGAUGGCAAUUCCAAGAUAUGGAAGAAGGAAAAUUGAUGCGAUUGCUGGGAAAGAGGGAGCAAGUCGAGAAAGUUAUAAAGGAGAUUGAGGAGUUUCUGGAGAUUAUGGAUGUUUCGGAAGACACGAUGUUCAUUCAUUCCUCAAAAGUCGCAAAAAUCAUUGGUAAAAACGGUGAAACCAUAAAGUCACUGUCAAAAAGAAGCGGUGCGGAGUGUCAUUUCAAUCGUUAUGAUCAGAAUGGCCCAAUGCCAACUUUUCAAACAUUGGUGAUUAAAGGAUCCAAACAACAGAUUAGUACAGCGAGACAGAUGGUUCAAGAGUUGCUUGACGCUGUUUACCAUCUGCCCAUUCCAUUAAAUGUCUACAUUGGAGUUGCUGGUUAUGAGAAUGAAAACAUCAUUAACAUAUCUGAUGUCAGUGGUGCGCGGUGCACUUGUUGUCCGGAUUCAGAUGAUCAAAAGAAAAGAGUGAUCAAAAUUGAAGGAACAGAAGAGCAAGUUGAAUUGGCUAAGAAUCUUUUGGAAUGCUCAAUUGAAAUCGAGGAGGCAAAAGUAUUCACGGUAGAUACCUUGAAAAUUUCUGUAUGGAAAGCCAGCUUUGUCAUCGGAAAAAAUGGUUCAACGUUGUCAUCGAUUCGUAAAAAAAGUGGUGCUGAAUGUAUAAUGAAAACAGAAGAGGAUGGAUAUAAAGUUCUAGAAAUUCGUGGAACUUUUGAACAAGUUGAACACGCGAAACGUCUCAUUCGAGAGCAGAUCGAGGAGAAACAAGUGGUCCAUUGUGUGAAUAUUCCAUUCCAUGUGUAUCCUGCAGUUGUUGGCAAUAACAAUGAGAAAGUGACGGAGAUCUCUGAUGCCUGUGGUGCAAAAUGUACCUGUUGUCCGAACGAAAAUCAGCUGAAGAAAUUCAUUGAAAUUGAAGGAACAGUUGAACAAGUCGAUAAGGCUAUAUCACUACUGAAAGAUUCAAUCGAAAAGAACGAGACGAAAACUACAGUAUCAUUAAUGACUGUUCCGAUUUCAAAAUGCGGUCUUGUUAUCGGGAAACGCUACGAGAGAUUGAAUUCGAUUUGUAAUGAGAGUGGUGCUGAUUGUACUCUGUCAGUGGCUACAGAAACGGAACAAACUUUCGAGAUUCGUGGCACUACUGAACAAAUCGCGCGUGCGACAGGAAUCAUUGAAUCAAUUAUUGAAGAGAGACAGCAAAUGUCCUACACCAUGUUCGUCCCAGCCAAACUAGCCGGUAAAAUCAUUGGAAUCAAUGGCGUAAAAAUGGAUUCCAUCCGGGAGGAAAGUGGCGCUAAAAUUAAAUACGACCCGAGACGCCUCGAGGAACCAAUGAAAAAGUUCGAGAUCAGUGGAACCUAUAAACAAAUCGAAACGGCUAAAGCACUGAUUCAAGAAGCGUCUGGUAUUAUUCUUCUCGGUCUGCCACAAAACAUGGAUUAUGUUUGGAAUGGUUAUGAGACAGGAAUGUCAAUGAACAACUGGGCACCAUUGGAGUCGACUCCGCCCCCUCCGCCCCCUCCGCCACCGCCUCCACCACCGCUCAUGCUUCGACUCACACCUCCACCGCCACCACCGUCGCCGCGACGUUCACUUCGUCCGUUUCCACCUCCUCCACCGCCUCCAUUCUCUUCUUCAUUCAACCACAAUUAUCCAGGACCAUCACGUUCAUACAAUUACCCGCAUCACCCUUACCAACCAUUCGGUUCUUCCCAGUUCUACCGUUAA